CAACGUGACCCUGUUUCACUACACUUCUUGGCCCGAUAAAAGUGUGCCAACCAGCAGUACAAGCCUCGUUCAAUUCUGGAGAAAGAUAAGGUGUCAAAAGAGAACCACAAAACAACCAUGGCUAAUACAUUGCAGCGCUGGUGUUGGGCGCACCGGGACCUUCAUUGCAAUGGACUAUCUCUACGAUCAGGGAAAGGAGACCGGGAACAUUGAUAUCCCACAGUGUGUGACCAACCUGCGCGCACAAAGAGUCAACAUGGUGCAGACUGCCAGUCAGUACCGAUUUCUGUAUAAGCUGAUGCUUGAAAUGUUGGUACUUCCUUCCCAACCCGUGACUACCGAACAGCUAAAUGGAGAGAAUAUGGAGCUCAAAGAACAGUAUUUAGAUUUAAGCACCGAGGAGUCACUGUUUCCAGACGAUAACACGUACAAAUCAGCAACGGCCAAUGAGAAUCAGUCAAAAAAUAGAUCAAUGGACAUCCUGGCUGCUGAUAAUUAUCGCCCAUAUUUGUCAUCCCACAUUCCGAAUACGACCGAUUACAUCAAUGCUGUGAUAAUGCCAAGUUUCAAGCUGCCGACAAGAUUCAUCAUCACACAAACUCCUCUAGAACACAGUUUUGUGGACUUCUGUAGACUGAUAUGUGAAAAGGAAAUUGAACUGAUUAUUUCCUUUGAUGACUCCAUGUCUGAGGAAGAAAAAUGUCUUCCAGGCAAAAACGAAACAAAGUCGAUUUCUGGUAUAAGAUUGACUGGUGUAUCUUGUGAACCAAAAGACGGACCGGACUUUUAUACAAGAUCGUUUGACCUAAAUCUUAAACAAAAGACACACAGAUUUUCACAGAUAGUGUACACAGGUUGGUCGCAACCGAUGGAACUGCCCCAGAGUCCUCGAUCAUUUAUGGAUCUGUUGCGCCACGUACAAAAUGUUACAAGAAGUGAAGUCCCCAUCCUAGUCCAAUGUCUUAAUGGCGCCGACAAAAGCGGUCUGUUCGUGGUCAUAUGGACGCUUCUGGAACACGUGGAGAUUCAUGGUGAGGUCAGCAUACCACGUGUCGUCAGACACCUGAGGCUGAGGCGAAAACAGAUUAUACCCACAUUCGACCAGUUCAAGUUUUGUGCAGACUGCAUUGCGCUGGAUGAUGCGAACACAUACGCAAAUUUUUAGAAAAUGUCGUCAUAGACAUUACAUAUAAACGAAAGCAUGUGUUGGAGGUUUCUAUACUGGACAUGGAUUAUAUGUCAUUUUUGCGUUCGCAAAUGUAAAAUAUAUUGCAUGCAGAGCAAUGAAUACCGUAGGUACGGAAACAGAUGCUUAAUUGUUAAAUGGUGUAGCAAAAUUUUGUUAUGAUUGUAUUAUAUUUUCCUUACAUUUAUUGGCUUCGUUAUAUUCGUUCAUUUGUAACCAUAAAGUGCACAGGAAUUAUGUAUUUUUAUGUUUUAAUUUAAUAUUUGUUCUAUUUAAAUAUACUUACCUGUCCAUUAUUUGUGUGAUAUAGAAAAGCUUACUAAACAAAUAAAACCUUUAAUUGUUUUGUUUGGCAUUUUGUAUCAGUAUGUCAGCAUAAAAAAUGACGAUGAAGUGACAGGACCAGUGAUGAAAACAAAACGUUUCGACUAAAUGGUGCACGUUGUUUACUCGCGAAGGUGUUGGGCAUAUCCAAGAAAAAAAGCGUGUUACAUGAUCUGCUUGGUUCGUUCAUUUGACAAAAUCUCUUGAUGAUUCAUAUGGUGUUAAUAUCAAAAUGUUUAAUAUAUGUAUAACUCUUUGUUUUUCAUACGCAAGUUGCCAUUACAAAUCUGUUGGUGUACAUUUAAUGCUAGUAUAUGCAUGCAACUAAAAACCUUAAAAUAUCUUGGCCUUGCAUAAAUAUGAUAGAAACAAGAACCUCGUGUUGAUAAGCUCUCUUAUUGAUUAUUAAUAUACAAUUACUAUCAUAUUUGUUAAGUUUGUAAAAAAUGCAAGCGUAAAACAUGAUAUCAGCGACAUCGGAAGAAAGUUCUUAAUGCCAAAUAUAUGAAUUGUUAGCUCGACCAUUCAAUAAUGAUGACUUCGGCUAGUUUGGAACGGUGAGACUGUUUUCACGUUAAAACGAUUUAAAGUGCUGGGUAUUUAACCCGACAUAUUGUUUUCUUGAGAGCUGGUUAAAAAAAAAUGUGCAUCGAUACUGUAUUAACAUAUUUGUAUUUCAUCAAUACUGUAUUAACAUAUAUGUCUUUUUAGAUAAAGUUACGCCACAAUAUUAGAAGGAUAUAACGAUUUUAGACGGUUUACCAUAACAAUAAACAUUAAAAUGUCGUUUAUCGAAAUAACAACUUGUGUUUAAUUUAUUUUGAUUGUAAGUUUGCAUUUAUAACACUAUUUCCUAUGGAUUUUAAUAUCAUUUAACUUUAAGUAAAUUUAAAAAUGACUGCUGAUUUAAACGAUGAACACAUUGCUUUACUUGCGGAUUGUAGAGCUUAUCUGUUUGUUGGAAAUUAACUUUUGCCACAGAAGUGAUUGAUUUAUAUAGACAUAAAAAUAACCAUAAUCAAUACAAAUUCAAUAUUCGUUAAGACCAGAGUUUAAAAGCUUGUUGAUUAUACUGUUCAGCAUAAAGAUGCAGUCAACCACGCUCUUUCCUUUUUAUGUAACACAAUCCAAUGUAAAAAUAAUUUUGUUUUAAUCACACCAUUUUUUAGUCUGUGUAAAAGAACUCGAGAUAAAUAUAUGAUACAAUAUUAUGUUAUGUUAUUCUGCGGUAUUUGUUUUAAUAAACUAGGAUCCCGCCUUUUAAUAUUGAUGUGAUGUAACCCAUUCCCUACCCACAUGAUAUUAUGCGCUAUGCGUUAUUGAAUAUAAUGGUUAGUUAUGAUUUUAUGGAACCAUACGCUGUUUGUAUUAUGUUAGCUGAAAUAUUAUCAGACCCUCGAGAUUUGCAUUUUUUACUUGAAACCUGCCUGAUAUAUAUUUCCGACUCUGUCCCUGGCAAAUCGAGGUGUGUUGUGUGUUGAAAUUAUGCUCACGUAAUUCAUUAAACACAUCUUUAUAUUUUGAUAAGAAUCACGUUCAUUUAAGUUAUUAUAAUGAUUGAGCAUUAAAUUCAUUGGUAUUGAUCUGUUUUUAAAUAGAUUUAUAGCAUUUGUAAGUUUCUAGCAAUUUUAUAUUAAUCGUAUUGCUUUUCUACGUAUAGCAUUGUAUGUUGUUCUAA